AUGGUGAAUAUCAAAAGAAAACGUCACCUUAUACACACUAGUGAAAGUAGUGAUAAUGAUAGCAUCAACUAUCCAUCUUGCAUGCAAAAUUCUAACAAUGAAACUUCUCAGCAUCACCACCCUCUUGGAUGGAUUGCAAGAGCUGAGAAAUGCUUCAAGAAACAAAUGCAUGCAAAAACAAUUGAACUUGAAAGACAAAGAGGUUUGCACCAAAAUCUGGAAUUUGAGCUUCAACAACUCAAAACAGCUCUAAACGUAUUGAACAUCUUUGAAGAUGAUGAUGAUGAGGAGGAGGCAGACUUGGAGUUUUCCAUCAAGUUUAGGGCUAUGGAGAAUGAUCUAACAAUGAAGAAAGAGUUGAUCGAAGAACUGGAAGAAUUGAAUCAUGUUCUAACUCUUAAAGAACGUGAGAUGAAUGAUGAAUUGCAGAGGGCUCGAAAAACAUUAAUCAAUGGCAUUGAGGAGUUAUCUGUUCCAAAUAAUAUUGCUGUGAAGAGACUGGGAGAACUUGACAGCGAGCCGUUCCUCGAAGCUAUGAAGAAGAAAUAUAAAGGGGAUGAAGCUGAAGUGAGAGCUGCCAACCUGUGUUCACUAUGGGAAUUCUAUAUGAAAGAUCCAGACUGGCAUCCAUUCAAAUUUGUCACAGUUGAUGGCGAAAAAAGGGAAAUUAUUGAUGCUGCUGAUAAAAAGCUGAAUGGACUUAAGAGAAGCGUUGGUAAAGCGGCAUAUAAUGCGGUGGUGGCAGCUCUAACAGAGUUAAAUGAAUACAAUCCCAGUGGGCGAUAUGUAACCUCAGAAUUAUGGAACUAUGAUGAGGACAGAAGAGCAACUCUGCAAGAAGGAAUACAAUUUCUGUUGGACAACUCGUCAAACAAACGCAAGAAAGAGUCAGAAACAAUGGGAAGGAAGGGUAAUUAA